AUGAGUUGUCAUAACGAGGAUACUGGAGCAUUCAUGAUUUUAUUGGUUUUAGGAGAUAUUGGCAUGUUGGAUGAACAAAACCGUUUAUACGUAGCGGGGCCAGCAGAUGGACUGUUGAAAUUAAACAAUCAAACGAUUGUCUCACCUUUGCUGGAAAACGCUCUCCUCAAUCAUCCAAGUGUAGAAGACGUCGUCGUCUCUCUCAUGAAUGACGAUCUUACAGCCGGCAUAGUAGUCAAAGAAGACGCCCCACCUCCCACAAUUGAAGAGCUGAAUGAACUGAUUGAAGGUGAAUAA